AUGCCGAAGAGUAGAAGAUCAUCCAUGCAGCAAGCUAUGCUGAAUAUGAAUAAACAUAUUUAUAGUAAUGAAGUCAGGUUACUGAUGGAAUGUACAGAAGAAGAAUUGUUACCUAGUCAGAAAUCAAGUUAUAAAAGUGCUUUAGAUGAGUACAAUCGUGUUAAUAAGUAUAUAGCAGAUGUUCAGACUGGUAAAAUACAGAUGUCAAAUGUUCCAAAUUCUACAAUCUCAUUAGUGACUGACCCUAAUGCAGUUGUCAGACCUAAACCAGUUCAAAAACCAAACCAAAACAAUGAUCCUGAUGUAAUUGUUAUUGGUGAAUCUCCUGCACAACAGACCAAAGUAGGACCAGCAAUACCAGCCUUACCUAAUGUUAACAAUCUUACUUUACCAGUUCUACCUGACAAUAUCUCUGGUCAACAAAUAAUAACUUUCCCUCAACAAGUCUAUAAUCAGUUAGUUAAUGGUCAACAGUCUAACGUAGUUAAAGUUGGUAAUCAAAUAUUCAUUCGACCAAUCAUGCCUGUUGCUCCUCAACAGAAUGGUGCCCAAGGUGUUUCAUAUUCUGUUAAUCAGUCUAUGAUACGUCCUACAUCUCUAUUGAAACGUCAAGUUGAUCUAGAUGCUGAUAGGAAGAGAUUAUUAGCUAGUAAAAAUGAAAUGGAUAGCAGUGGUAAUUGGGUGCCUUUGGAUGAGUUUUAUUACGGUAAAAAGGAAGGUGAUCCAACCUAUGUAGAAGAUAAAGGAGAAUACAGAUUUAAGUGUUGGUAUUGUUCUAAAAUGUUAUAUAAUAAUGUCAAGAUUAUGAUGCACAUGCAAGGUCAUAUAGACAGUGAAAAACAACAUAAUUUAGAUCUGAGUGAUUUAACACAGUGUAAACAUUGUUAUAAACAAUUUGAUACACCAUUUGAGAUGCAGACACAUAUAGAAAAGGUACAUAUGUAUAACAGUAAUGUACUGAUGUGUCGAAUUUGUGAGAAAGAUUGUGACAGUAGAUUCACCUUGACCUCACACAUGAGAACCAAUCAUAAUGCUUGUGAGAUGCCAUAUAUUUGCCAUCUUUGUGGAUUCCGUUCUUCUAUGUAUAGUGAUGUGGUAGACCACUUUAAAAAGAAACAUGAUAGUUCAGCCAAUUUGUUAUGUUUAUAUUGUUUAAAAGCAUUUAAUAUCAAGUUUAUAUCAACUGGUUGGGGACAAACACAGAAUUAUUAUCAUCAUUUACUGAAACAUCAGGCUAAAAAUAAAGUGAAAAAAUGCCAAGUGUGUAAAUUAACAUUCUUUAACCCAGCUGAAUUAAAAUCACAUCGGCAGAAAGAUCAUUUAGCUAAUGUUAAAGGUGUCAUAGGUAUGAAUAGUAAAUACACCACGCCUGACCAAGUUAUGAUUAAAGUACCAGAACAAGGUUUACAACCUAAACCUAUUAAAUCAUUAAAUGCACCAACAGUAUCUAAAGUUCGAGAUAAUCAUUUAUUAUUACCUAGAGUUGUUAAUGAUGUUGAUUGUUUAGAGUGUAAAACUAGUAUGUCCUCUGUCGAACAUUUUAAAAAAUAUAUUCAGUGUUCAAUGUGUAGAUUUGCUACAAGUUGUAGUUUUGCUUAUGCUAAUCAUAUGAUGGGAUUUCACUCGGGUAAAAUGACUACUUUAAGUUUAAAUAUACCUCAAGAAAAACCAAUGGAACAUGUAAUGUAUUGUAUGUGUGGUUAUGCCAGUCUUUAUGGUAAUAAAAUAGCUAAUCAUAUGGUGUAUUGUACCAAAAGAACAUGUUACAAAGAUAAACCUGAUGUACAGAUACAAGAAUAUGACAAUAAAGAAAUGCAAGAUCCAAGAAAGAAACCUGGAGCCUCGUUAUUAGACGUUUUAGGUUUGGUGAAGAAGCCAUCAUCUGACAAGCCUAAAGAAUACAGUUCCAGUAAUGAUAGUCCAGAAGCGAAAUCUUCAACUACAGUAUGGGUUUAUGCUUUCUAG